UGACAGAAUACAGACAGACAGACUUUUGAGUGAAAUCAUGUGCGAUUUCGAACGGUUCAGUGUUUAUGUUUAACACAUUUUUUUUCUUUUGUGCGGUAUCACUAAUAUACUGAGAGUGAAGAUUGCAUAUCGCAAAGAAAUGCAAUCGAUAAAACAUUUGAUGCAUUUAUCACGGCCAAUUGGUCAAUAUUUGUGGCGGCAAAUUGCGGUUGAAACACGAUAUCGGUGUAUGUGUACGAAAGAUGCGAUUGGAAAACCACGCAUAUCGUUUGUUGAAAGUCCACCGGCAUUGGACAAAGUUAAGGUUCGUCAUGAGCUUCAAAUCGACUGGGACAAAGAAAUGGAAUUAAUCGAAGAGGAGGAGGAACGUGAACAUGGUCGGUCGGUGUUGGCGCCAGUUGAUGAUGAAAGUAAAAUUUAUGCAGAACCAGUACUUCGGCCGACAUUCAAUUUAGCGGCAUACGUACAGAAAUCAGAGACACUGCAACAAUUGAUGAAAUUAGGCGUGAAUUUAGAUCGAUUGGAUCAAACGAAUGCCGGCAAAUUUAUUGCAAAUCUCAAUUUUAAACUUGAUGUUGAACCAUACAUCUUACUUCUAACAAAAGACAUAGGCGUACCAAUCGAGAAAAUUGGCAAAUUUCUCACCAAAAAUCCAAACAUACUGAAAGAGAGUUUAGAUGAUAUCCUUGUUCGCAUCAACUAUUUACAAUUGAAACGAUUCACUCAAGAUCAAAUCACAACGAUUAUUUCGAGAAACCCAUUUUGGCUGAAUUAUUCAACACACGAAAUUGAUGAGCGAUUAGGAUUUUUUCAAAAAGAUUUUCAAUUAACCGGCGAUGAAGUUCGUUUACUUACUGUCACCUAUCCGAGACUAAUCACGUCCAGUUUGAGAGUAAUCAAAGAUAUGUCGUUCACGGUGCGAGAGGAAUGCUGCUUUGAACCCGAUCAAGUUAAAGAGAUACUACUCAAGUGCCCGAAAUUGUGGAUGAUGCAUCGCUUAGAUUUUAUGCAGCAUUAUGAUUUCGUGUCGCAUCACAUGAAAAUUGACAAUACACACAUAGCCAAAGACCCAUACAUUUUGGCAAGUCGAUUGUUCCGAACAAAAGAGCGUCAUGGAUUUCUCAAGAAAAUCGGCCGAGCCCAGUAUAAUCCAAAGUUGGAGCUUUAUGUGUCCUUGAAUGAAAUGUGUAAAGGUACUGACGAGGAAUUUGCUACGAAUAUAGCCAAGAGACCGUAUGAAGAAUAUGAUCGUUAUUUAAGAACACUGUAAAUGAAUAAACUAACUUGUAAAAAUGAA